AUGUCUACUCUGGAAGAAUACACGUUUUUUUUUCAAUUUCGAAUGAAAAAUAUUCACAAAAUGGACGAACCUCUGUACAGUCGACCGUUCUCACACAAUUAUCUGUCGGAGAAAGUCUGGCGUCUGAUCAUCGAACCAGCAAAUGAAUUGUUACUCAUAACUUUACAAUUGGUGAUGAAACCCAUCGUAGAACCGUCAGAUUUGGAAACGUGUUCAAUUGACAUUGUCUUGAAGAACUUGGACGGAAAAGAGGUUGAAGCGAUAGUUGUUGACAAUAAUGAUACCUUCAGAAUAUAUAAUAAGCGAAUGCUUGAUGAUACGAUUUUGGUGGGUGUCCAUUUAUGUGUCAUCGAAUCUGACGACGAACACGUUAUUCGACCAACAAAACACAUAGUCGCGAAUAAAAUUCCUCGGGAUCUUGCGACUGUCUGGGCUGAAGAGUUGUUAAACCCCGCGACAGCAAAUGUCAGAUUCAAAGUUCGAGACAGGUACAUCUAUGCCAGUAGUUCGAUCCUUAGCAAACGGUCACAAUAUUUUCAAGUGAUGCUUGAGGGAAAUUGGACGGAGUGCCGAUAUUCAAGAAGAAAUACCUCAUUUAAUAGUACACAAUCAUUAUACUCAUCACAGUCAUCCGAAUUAUCAUCUAUGGACGAUCGUGAAUUACUUGAUCUAGAUGGAACGCGUAAAUUUGAAUAUGAAAUAGAGAUUACCGAUUUUGCGUAUACAACUGUUCUCCAGAUGCUUAAGUUCAUAUACACGGGUCAACUGACGAUCGGUUGCUGGGAUAAUAUAUGGGAUAUAUACAGCAUCGCUGAUAAAUAUUUGAUCACUGAUCUUAAAGACGUCAUUAAGAGAGGCAUCUUGGAGGAAAUAAAGGUGGAAAACGCGGCGGAAAUAUUAUACGGGAAGGCGUGGAGAUGGCCCGAUCUAAAGGAAUCAAUUAUGGAAUACACGAUAAGGAACUUUCCGUCAAUCCGGAAGACCGAAGGAUAUAAUCGCAUCGUGAAAAAUCAAUCAGAGUAUCCGAUGUUCUUGGAAUUGAAUUCUGACAUACUGUUGGCUUACUUUAAUAAUCCCAGUAAUUAG